CCGCCUCGGGAGCCUGCGGAGCUCCGGGUCCGGCUGCGGUGGUGGCGGCGGGAGCGGCUGCGCGCCUCCGGGGCCGCUGCGAUGCUGAGCUCCCGGGCUGAGGCGGCGAUGGCCGCGGCCGACAGGGCCAUCCAGCGCUUCCUGCGGACCGGGGCGGCUGUCAGAUACAAAGUCAUGAAGAACUGGGGAGUUAUAGGUGGAAUUGCCGCUGCCCUUGCUGCAGGAAUCUAUGUUAUUUGGGGUCCGAUCACAGAAAGAAAGAAGCGUAGAAAAGGGCUCGUGCCUGGCCUUGUCAACUUAGGGAACACCUGCUUCAUGAACUCCCUGCUUCAAGGCUUGUCUGCCUGCCCUGCUUUCAUCAAGUGGCUGGAAGAGUUCACCACCCAAUACACAAGGGAUCAGAAGGAGCCCCCCCCACACCAGUAUUUAUCCUUAACACUGCUGCACCUCCUGAAAGCUUUGUCCUGCCAAGAAGUUACUGAUGAUGAGGUCUUGGAUGCAAGCUGCUUGUUGGAUGUCUUAAGAAUGUACCGAUGGCAGAUCUCUUCAUUUGAAGAACAGGACGCUCAUGAAUUAUUCCAUGUCAUUACCUCGUCACUGGAAGAUGAGCGAGACCGCCAGCCGCGGGUCACACAUUUGUUUGAUGUGCAUUCCCUGGAGCAGCAGUCAGAAAUAACUCCCAAACAAAUAACCUGCCGCACAAGAGGGUCACCUCACCCCACGUCCAAUCACUGGAAGUCUCAGCAUCCCUUUCAUGGAAGACUUACUAGUAAUAUGGUCUGCAAACACUGUGAACACCAGGUAAGUACAACACCAGUGCGAAGUCUUCUUUUAACUUAGGAUUCGUGAAAGGAUCCAGAGAGUGAGCUGGCAUUGGUCAAUGGCGUUUGUGACUGCCUGGGCUUUGCACACCUAAUGAACUGACUUUCCCCUUUGGUUGGUGCCAGCGUGUCAAUUUGGUCCUCAGGUGGCAUCUUCAGAUCAACAGCAGAUCAUUUUGGAUUGUCAAGAUUUCAAGUCCUAAGAUUGGGUCUAUGUUCAUGGUGAACACAGCAGAUUCUAGGGUUUCUAGGGUUGAGUUUUUCUUUGCUUUUUUUUUAAAGGUUUUAAAAUAAUUUUUUUCUGUGGAAAAUUUCCCAUGUCAUACAAAAAUGGAGAAUUGUGCAGCUCUCGCUUCAGUCAAUUUUAGAAUAUUUUCUUCACCCCCCGAAAAAUUCCACGAGCAGUCUUUCCCCAUUCUCCCCAUUCCCUUAGUCCCUGGCAACCACGAAUCUGCUCUC